AUGCUGGAAGGAUCAGAAGAUCACGUAACGCUACUUGGAUCUAUAACCGGAUUUGAUGGUUACAAUAAAACUCUAGAGGUUCGCCAUUACGAUAUGAGAGCAAUUACACCUCAUAAUUACAUUGACGCUAGUUAUAAACCCUCAUUAAUGGAGGGAAACAAAGGAUAUCCUCCUUUAAUAAGGAAUAAGCAUGGUCGAAAAUUCGAUUUCGUUAGAUUCUUUGAUGUUUGUGAGGAAGAACUUUUGGCGACCAAGUUGGAUAAUGUUUUUCUGCGAAACCUGGAACUGUUUAUUAAUCUUCCUAGGUUUCAACGAUUUCAGCACAAGAUGUUGGGUGAGGCUUUGAAAUCGAAGGUGGGUGUGGGUCAGAAGAAGAAGGAAUUUUUCAAGGGUGACUUCAAAGUUAGGGAUGAGAGAUCAUAUGUGGUGGAGACUAUGGAAAAUUUUGAAUCUUCUUUGAUAAUCCCUUAUCAUCUGCUUGUUUUUGAUCAAGUGGAUAAGGACUUGGAUUUUGGCAGUUUGGAUUUGGGAUUGGUGGCCCAAUUGAUUAACAGAGACAUUACAGCUUCUUCAUUAUCUCAAUGGGAAUCCUCUUUUUCUGAUGACAUUUCAGACUCAUUUAUUGUUAAAGACAACUUGGGGCUUUUGAUGGAUUGUUAUGAAGAUGUUGCGUCAAAGUUAUGGUCUAGGGAAGUAAUGUUUGGAGUUGAUGGAGGGAUUCAAAUCAGGAAGAAGGGUUUUGAUUUGUGUCUUAUCCAAGAGACAAAGUUGCAGAAGGUUGAUGAGGAGUUAGUGUUUGAGAUGUGGGGUGGUACAGAUGUUAAGUGGUAUUUCAAACCUUCUUCUGGUAGGUUGGGAGAGAAGGAUUGUUCGAUAUUCCUUUCAGCUUUUCAGAGGAGGGUUUGUGAGUCUGAAUGUGUGUUGGAAGGGUUUAAAUAUUUAUGUUGUGAAUGUUGUCUUUUAAUGAGAGGUCCCGAUGAUGGAGUGGUGCGUGGGAGUUUAUUGCCAACCCUAGUGGGAGGUGAUUUUAAUGUUGUAAAAUAUAAGGAUGAAAGAAUAAGUUAUUCGAGGUAUCAUAAUUUUAGGAAGAUAGAGGAAUUUAAUGGUUUCAUUGAGAAGAUGGAGGGGAAUGUUUGCAACUGGGAUCUGCGACCCUUUAAAUUCUUUAGUUAUUGGACUGAGCAUGAGGCAUUUUUUAGUUUCGUGGAGGCUAUAUGGCAUAUGGCUUUCAUAGAAGGGAAAGCAAUAUAUUCUUUUAAGGAGAAGUUGAAGGUCUUAAGAGAGAAGUUGAGAAGAUGGAAUAUGGAGAUCUUUGGCUACUUGAAUUUGGAAGAGGAUGAAGCUUUCAAGGCCUUAAUGCUCUUGAUUUUGUUAUGGUAUGGCGAUAUUAGGAGAGUUAUACUCUCUUAUUUGGUGACUCACAAAAGGAACAAGGUUUCCGUUUGGUGGAAAGAUGUUCGCUCGAUCGUUGGUUGGGUGGUUCUCCUCUAUGUAAUCGAUUUCCUUCUCUUUCUCGAUUUGCUAAUUCCUCUUGCUCUUAAGGUAAAUGACAAUGGUUUUUGGACUAAUGGCUCUUGGGAGUGGCGACUUAACUUCCGAGACAGUUUGAUAGACGAUGUAGACGGGGAAAGUCUUGCAGAUUUACUUCAAUUUUUAGGAUCGAUACAGGGUGUUCGUUAA